AUGGAACAGAACUACAAGGAAUUCAUACGCGAAUACAUAAAAUUAGGUCACAUGAAAACAGCAGAAGCUCAACCCCUCAAUGGCAUUCAAGUUUUUCUACCACAUCAGUGCGUCAUAAAGGCAGACAGCACUACUACUUCCACAAGAGUUGUUUUCGAUGGAUCGGCAAAAACAAGCACAGGAUAUAGUCUAAACGAUGUUUUACACUCAGGUCCUAAGAUACAACAGGAUCUCACUGACAUUCUCAUCAGAUGGAGAAAACAUCGAGUCGCCCUCACUGCCGAUAUCGAAAAGAUGUACAGGCAAAUCAAAAUAGCCGAGGAAGGUCAACCAUACCACAAAAUAGUCUGGAGAUUCUCAAAGGAUGAACCAAUACAGGAAUUUCAGUUAACCACUUUAACUUAUGGCACGGCCCCAGCAGCAUAUCUGGCAAUACGCACCCUACAUCAAUUAGCUGAAGACGAAGAGAAAAAUUUUCCAAGAGUCGCUCAGAUCGCUAAAAAGGAUUUCUACGUAGACGAUUUACUCACAGGGGCGGACAGCGUCGAGGUAGCUGAGCAAUUGAAGAAAGAAAUUACUGAACUAAUGAAAAAGGGAAACUUCAAUCUUCGAAAAUGGAAAAUGAGCAAAUACCCACAAAAUGGGACGGAUGAAUUUAUUCUAGGUGACAAAUAUGAACAGAAUACUACGAAAACACUAGGCAUUGUAUGGAAUACAAAUAACGAUAGUCUGCUCUAUAACAUCAAAUCACCUGAAAUUGAAGCGAUCACCAAAAGACGCAUGCUUUCCCAGAUUGCUGCAAUAUUCGACCCACUUGGUAUGAUAUCACCAAUAAUUAUACGUGCCAAACUAUUGAUGCAAGAAAUAUGGAAAUCUGGACAAGAUUGGGAUGUUACUCUUCCGGAAGAAAUUCGCAAAGAAUGGGCGAAACUGACUCAAGAACUUCCAACGCUUCGUGAAAUAUGCAUACCAAGAUGGAUACAACACAAAAAGGGUUCAAAGAUGGAAAUUCACGCUUUUUGUGAUGCUUCUGUGAAAGCAUACGGUGCUGUGGUUUACUCCAAAACUAUCGAUGACAGCGGGCAGAUCCACGUCAGUCUCUUAGUAUCCAAAUCCAAGGUGGCCCCCAUAAAAAACAAGAAAACUCUUCCAAAGCUAGAAUUAUGUGGAGCCGUUCUAUUAGCGAAGCUCGUACACAGAACGAUCAAAGCCCUGGACAUUCAAGAAAUCCCUGUACAUGCAUAUUCCGAUUCGACGAUUACACUAGCUUGGAUAAAUGCUGAUGCCGCAAGGUUACCUGCGUUUGUUGACAACAAAGUUCGAGAGAUAAAACAAUUAAUUGGCAAGGUCAAAUGGUAUCACGUUCGGUCUGAAAACAAUCCCGCUGAUUUAAUAACCCGAGGAAUAACGGCAUCAAAACUAAUUAGUCACAAAUUAUGGUGGAAUGGUCCAGAUCAACUAAGUCAAAAUCCCACAAAUAUUCAGGAAAUGAUACAAAGCUCAACAUCCGCUAACGCACUAGACACCUCAAAAAGUAUAAAUAGUUUGACUACAACCACCAUUGAAGAAAAUCCAUGCAUCCAAGAUACUCUGGAUAUCUUAUUACAGAAAUUUGAAUCAUGGGAGAAAACCAUAAGAGUAACAGCCUACUGCCUGAGGUUCAGCAACAAAUGCCAGAAACAACACAACGCUACAGUAUUUCUGUCAAGAGACGAACUACAAAAAGCAACACUAAUACUUCUACGAAAAACCCAAUACAACGAAUAUUCGUCCGAAUUUAAGGAUUUAAGCAACGAUCGACCCCUGAGUAAAAAAAGUAGUAUCUUGAGUCUAAACCCCUUCCUGGAUAACCAACAAUUGAUGCGGGUAGGAGGACGUCUGCAAAAUUCAGCGCUAAGAUACGACGAGAAGCAUCCUAUCAUUAUACCCAAUAGUAGCCCAGCGACAGAGAAAAUAAUAAGAAAUGCCCAUCAUACUACGCUUCAUGGUGGAAUUCAGCUAACCCUCGCAUACAUUAGACAGCAGUACUGGAUUCCCCGAGGAAAAGAUAAAAUAAGGAAGAUAAUACGAGAGUGCAGCAUCUGUUUGAGGCAGCAAGCACAAAGUCAUAUUCAAUUAAUGGGAUCACUCCCAGAGCCAAGAGUCACACCAACUAGCCCCUUUACUCACACGGGGGUAGACUAUGCUGGACCCAUAGCAAUUCGAAUGUCUAAGGGAAGAGGAAAUAAGUCUUACAAAGGGUACAUCGCCAUCUUCAUCUGCUUGACCACUAAAGCCAUUCAUAUUGAAGCAGUUAGUGACCUGACGACAGACGCAUUCAUCGCCGCAUUCAGACGAUUUACAGCUAGGCGAGGUCUCUGCAAAAACUUGUACAGUGACAAUGGCACUACAUUCAUUGGGGCAAAAAACAAACUCGAAAAAUUGUUUCGGCAAGAAAUUCCCGAGAAGGAUAUUGAGCAAACGCUGUCCAGAGAAUUCAUCAAAUGGCACUGCAUUCCUCCCCUGAGUCCACAUCACGGGGGAUUGUGGGAAGCCGGAGUAAAAUCUAUAAAGUUCCACCUUAAGAGGGUCAUAGGCGAGAAUACUCUCACUUUCGAAGAAAUAACGACAGUCCUGUAUCAGAUAGAAGCUUGCCUGAACUCCAGACCUUUGAUCCCAAUCGAUGAAAAAACGUCUGAAAGCGAAAUUCUAACUCCAGGUCACUUUCUCAUCGGAAGACCACUACUCUCUCUGCCAACAUCCAACACACUCGAGGAAGAUAGUUUUCCCCAUAGUUAUACCAAUAAAUGGAAAACCAUUCAGAAAAUCAAAUACGACUUCUGGAAGAGAUGGUCCAGCGAAUAUCUGUCACGACUACAGCAACGUACUAAAUGGAAAAAAGUAGAGGACAACUUGGUAAAUGGAGACAUAGUGCUACUUAAACAAGAAGAUAUCAACCCAAAUAAGUGGCCCCUAGCGAAAAUAACAGAAUGUCACCCUGGAAGUGAUGGAUUGGUACGAGUAGUGACAGUGACGACUGCGGAAAAGAAGAAAUUCAAACGGCCCAUCACCAAAAUAUGCAAAUUACCCGUUCGACAGGAAGAAAACUGCCAAGGGUCAUCAGAUAAGAAGAAAGAAAACAGGAGCUCUCUGCGCAUAAGCACUUUUCUCACUACUCUGCUCAUUUGUAGCAAUAUUGCGGUGACACAAGCAAACUACACCAUACAGCAACUCAAACCUGGAUUAUAUAUCGAACACUUGGGGCAUGGCUACACAAACGGAGGAAAAUUCAGACUCGAGCUGAAAUUCCCAUACUCUCAAAUGGAAAAGGAUCGACAGAACGUAAAUCGUACCGUAGAAGAAUUCAACAAAUUGUGUGUGCUUACAAAGGGCAUAUCAGAAAGCGCACAUUGUCCAGAAUUCACUCACCAUCUUCUAGAAAUGAAAAGAGAAAUCACAAUGGCCAUGGAUAGCUUAGAAAACUCCCCCAGACUGAAACGAGGAUUAUUCGGUCAAUUUAUGACGUCAGUGUUCGGGGUGAACGAUGAAGUCUACAGAGACAUAAACUCCCUGGACGAAAAUCAACACAGACUUAUUCAUACGGUAAAUCAACAAUCCAAGCUGAUGAUAUCGAGUGUGGCCACUAUUGAGGAAACAGAAAAAAGGAUUAAUCUGAAACUCGAAAGUUUUCGGAAGAAGUUCAACGAAGGGCUGAAAGUAGUGAAUCAAAUGAACGCAUGGUUUCACUCUACUGACCACCACGAUCUAAACAUACACUCACUAACCAUAUUACAACUCGCUCAGAAUUACCUUCAGGAGUUGCAGCCCAAGUACAAGAAACUAAUGGACGUCCAGGUUCACAAAAGUACCAUUUCUGAAUUUUUGAGCACUAGUGAAAUUAUUGCAUGUAUCUUUAGAGUAUAUCCUCUAAAGAUAUGUGUCUACUUUCUUCAAUGGUUCGUAACUCCGUUGAAGUAG